AUGCCCAUCAUUCCCGAUUCAUCGGACUUCCCUUCUGCGGCGCAGAAGGAAAGCAAGGAGUCCCAGAACAGACCUGGCGAACAGCCUCAGAAAGCAUCUGCUGUCGACCAUCUAUCCAAGGGACCUCAGAUUCCAGAGAACAUGCCACCCAAGGUGUCGAAGGAAGAAAUCGAAGCCCGCAUGAAAGAGUUGAAUCAGAAGAAAUGA